AUGAUCGGAAAACCGGCAGCUGUUCUGAAGCGGAAGGAUGACAUCCUGAUCGAUAACUCAAUCGAAUCAAUAGAAGCGGAAAAGAAGAAUUGCACAGAUGUGGCUUGCAAUCCAUGUGUCGAGUGUGAUCCAUGCAGGGCACAUCGGGCCCAUCGGCUACGACCGCCGCCAUGCGCCGAACUUGGCAUGGACGAGAUGAGAGAAUAUUACGCAAUGAAAGCCGCCCGUAUGCAAGAUGCUCUCGCCGACAUUCGAAGACGGAUAUCUGACCUGUACAUGGACCUCCGAGACGCCAUCUGCCCA